AUGGAAUCUCGUGUUAAAUAUCUGAAUGAGCUGAUGUUAGCGAUUAGGGGCCUUACUGAUGACAGCACAAAGGUUGACUUGUUUGCGAGAGACGCACUCAUGACAAGCGAUCCCAAAGCCUUGAAGAUCAUAAGCAUUCUUUUGCAAAACUUGUCUUCGAGUUCAGUACCUACAGACGUCUUUUCUAAGUCUCUACAAGCCCUCGAUCUUCUGCUGCGAAAAAAACCACACUUACUCAUCUGUUCUUUGGAUUCAGAUGGUGGAAGCCAUAACGCUGGCAUCUUAUGGCUUCUUAACAAUUUCGUCAAUAUUGCUUGCACUCAUUGGGAGCAACCUGCGUAUCAAUGGUUAAUCAAAAGAAAGACUGAAAAUUGGUGUCAUCUAUAUUCCUCUUUGGCGGGUCUAAAUGCCGGACCGUUAUUGGCACGCUAUAUUUUGAGUAAAAUAGCGACAUUUGAAGCUCAAAUAACCAGCGUUUUUAGCUCUUCGCUAGAUUUGCCCUCUUUCAUUGGCACAUGCAAGCAGCUCUAUAUCAUUUGUGACUGGACCAAUCAGCACUCAUUUCAACUGGGCAUAUCAUCUAUCAACUCUUCUUUAGAGACAAACCGUUGGGAUAACGUUUUUCAAAGGCUCAUGAGAAUAACUUUUUAUAUUUUGGACUGCGUUGAUAUCGAUGUGGCAGCACUAAGUGCAUUGAAGUCAAAGUUUUUGGCACUUACAAUAAACUUUGCAGUUAAGCGGGGAUCCAGAUUUAGCAAGACACAACUAAGAGUCUUCUCAGAUACAGCAUUCAAAUUUGCAACUGAAACUUGUGUUAAUUGCAUUUUCGUCAAUGUUUCCUGUUUGAGACCCGAGGACGACGUCCUAGUGGCAAAGUCAGUUCUGCGUCUUUACCUGGCUAUUAGAGAGGAGCCCUCCACUUUCAAAAUGUUUUCGGAGUCGAUACCGUUUGAAAAAUGCAAUAGUAGCGCUGAAACCCCUUCACUUAUGGGACCAUUGACUAGAAAGGCUCUCCUUAUCACUCUUUCUGACAUGAAAAGAAAGGAGUUCACUCAAAAUGAGCCUAAAAUGGCUAUGGGAGCUUCAAUAGUUGACAAUGAGCAUUUGGAUGAACUUCAGAGUUUUGCUAACCAACCUUUCGCUCAAAAUCGACAGCUAGAAGCAUUAAGAAAGGAGGUGCAUAAGUCUAAUUCAUUUGAUUAUGGCGUCGAUAAGAGGAAUUCACUAUUUGCCGGCCUGAAGGAGAGUAACGUCCAAGUCGAGCCUUUGCUAAAAGAAGUUCAGACGAGUAUUACACAAAGCAUGCAGCAAAACAACAUCAGAAACGUAGUGUACGCAGUGCAUGUGUUAGGAAAAAUUUCUUGUUACGAGGGCGCACAUUCGAAAGGCCCUAUGAAAAUAGGAAAACCCUGCAAACUUUGUGAUAGUACACUAGCCAGCAAAGUUGUCGAUAAUGGAAGUCAUGCUAAGUUGGACGUUGCCAGAGCUAGUGGGGCAUACAGAGUGCUACAGGAUCAGUUGUUGAGUCAUCAAAAGCUUGAGGAGUUCAGUGAAGCUCUUUUGGCUGCUAUCGUCAUCGCGCUGCGACGAAUAUUUACACAUUUCCAUGCCCCCCCUGUGCUUCGUGAUAGCAGCACAAAAUCAUAUUCCACAAGUCCCUUUUCUUUUUUCAGUCGAGUUUCUUCAAUACCGAAUAGAUACUUGAGACUCUUAGCUGUCCCUCUGAUAACCAGUUGGUCCAACCCUUCUCCUGAUGACGCUGGAGAUGAAGAUUUCACUUACCUUGUAAGCUUUCUUCAAAGCAUUACACUUCAAUCUGCCACUGAAACAGUUCUUAUGUCGUGGGUUCGUCUGACUCUAGCAUCAUCUGGAGAAAGUUUUGAUCCAUUGCUCGUGAAACUAAUUGAUAUUUUCAAUUCUGCAAGCAUUGCCGAGCGUCGUAUGAUGAAGCAUCAACUUCGCUAUGUCUCUUGGCUGAAAAAGAAGACGCCGUAUCGACUUUUAUCCCCAGUACUACCUCUGCUUCUGAAGCAAAUUGGCAAGAAUAUUCAAGAGAAAAUGUCAUCAUUUCAAAGACUGACUGAUUUCGUUGAAUAUCCCAGCAAGACAAUUCUUGAAAACUUCCAAAGGUACGUCGUACCAUACGCAAUAACGCAAUACAAAGAUGAUGUUAUAUCUGUGAUCUCGAAUAUAAUGUGUGACCAUGAUCCUGAAGAGCUACCUGCACAAAAAGAUAGGCUCCUCAGGAAAAACAGCCGUGCAAUCUUUGCCGUUGCCUUGGUAAAACAUUGUUUCUACUCUAUCGACACAAUUGAGUCUCUUUUUACCAACUGCUUGCCUACUUUUGAAAGAUCUUACGUCUCCGCCUACCUACCUGACUACAAGACCCUUGCUGAAGUUUUGAAGCUUUUCAAAAAUCAUGAUGAUGCCAGUAACACUAAAGGCGAGAACGAAAAGAUGGUGUUGUGUGCUUUGAGAUUCUUGCUCACGACAAUAGGCCCAAAAGUUCGGCGCGCCUCGAAGGCAAAACUAUUGAAUGAAUGGACAGAUGAUCAGGAGGCACAUUUUCAGAAAAAACUACAGGAAAAUGUGUUAGGAAUAUUCCAAGUUUUCUCAGGUGAUAUGCAUGACGUUGAAGGGCGCACGACAUACUUUGAAAAGCUGCGCGUUAUCAACGGGAUACGCUUUCUUAUUAUAAACGCAUCCUUGGAAUGCAUAAUUUCUGCGCUGGCGCAAAUUAGCAUAUGUCUGCAAAGCGGACAAGAGGUCUCAGAGGUCCGUGAAAGUGUUUUGAAUUGUUGGCUGAACCUGAUCAAUAGACUGACGGAAGAGCAGCUAUUGACAGUGGUUGAUAAUUUUGCUCCUUUCCUCCUUCAAAGGCAUUCAUCUUUCAAUAACAAAGCCAAAAAGAUCACGGAAAACAUCAUUCAGGUACUCGUAAAUGAGAAAGGGGGCCUGGUGUUGAAUUUUCGACCAUACAUUACGCUUGCUUUGGUAAAUGCGACGGACCUCAAGGUUCUAGAAAAGAACAGAUUUUUCGCAAGGUCUGUUAAUAGAGUUCUCUACACUACUGACUGGUUUUUAGAGUACUCCAACAACUUGAAAAGCAAGAACAAAUACCUUAUUCGCCAAACCUUAAGUGACAUGAAAGCACUCUUGCAAACCAAAGAGCUAGAAGGCCUUUUAAGAGCCACCUACCAUAAUACUGCACAGACAGAUAUCUCGAUCCUGUUGGGUAGUCUCCUUGAUGCUUCUUACCGAUUUCGAAGUGAGGAUAUCGAGUUGUGUGAACAAUGCACAGCGAUAAUCGGAAUAAUUGGAGUCUUAGACACUACGAAACAUCAGCUUCCAAGAUCAUCUGCUCAUAUGCACGAAGUUUAUGACUUUGUUGAUCACGCUCAAACGGUCAAGUUCUUGAUCAACAUCAUGAAUGAGAUACUAGUCCCUGCUUUUUGGGAAAGCGAGAACCCCACCAAACAGCUAUUCGUCGCAUUGGUGAUGCAAGAAUCUUUGAAGUUCUGUGGUCUCAGUUCAUCAUCAUGGGACAUCCUAAAGCCCGAGCUCUAUCCCAAUGAAACGCGACUUUGGAACAAAUUCGACGAUGUUGCCAAAACGACUCUCUAUCCUCUCCGAUCCUCCUUGUACAUGGCCCAGUCAUGGAAAGAGUACGCACCAAUUGAAUAUCCAUCUUUCAACCCUAAACAAGGAUACAAAACAUGGCUGAAAAACCUCACGCUUGACCUUUUGAAAACCGGUACAGAUGAAUCUCAUCCGCUGCACGUUUUUGCAUCGCUGAUAAGGGAAGAUGACGGAUUUCUGUCUGAGAACCUUCUUCCUUACGUUGUGAUUGACAUUUUGAUAAAGGCUGACAAGGACAAGGCGUUUUGCAGUUAUGCAGAAAACCUCAAACUAGAGUUCAGAUACAUCUUUGAAUACAGCCUUUCCUCCUUGAAUCACUACCAAAUCGAUGCAAUCAAGCGCUGCUACGAGAUUAUUUUCAAAAUACUGGAAUACUGUAAAAAAUGGAUCACUCAAUUCAAACAGUCUUACAGCCGGAAGUAUGGCACCUUCACGAUUCAUGAGCAAAAGUAUAUUUCGAUGUUGGAGAGGGUUGAAGAGUUCUUGGAAAUUAACUCCUUUGGUUUAAUGGCACGAAGGUCACUGGAGACUAACUCAUUCGAAAGAUCCGCUCUAUAUCUUGAGCAAUCUUACAGAGCAAAGGACAAAAUAUAUGCCGAGGACGAAGGCCUUCUUGCCCAUUUGCAAACAACUUAUGCGGAAAUCGGUGAUAUUGAUGCUGUAGAAGGUGUGCUCAAAGUGUUUUCCACGGAAAGUGUCACCUCUAAAAUCGACGAGCUACAGUACUCCCAUAACUGGAACAUGGCCCAGCAAUGUUUUGAGGCUUUGGGGCAAAUUACGAAACCAGUCGAAAAAUAUGAAGAUCUGUGCAAUUCCGGUAACACAAAGAUGCUCAAGUCCAUGUUUGAUCAUCAGCAAUAUGAGCAGGUCGUUAAUAAACUGAACGUUCUCUCGACUGAUCAGGAUUACCCAAUGAGCUCUCUGCCUUUAGAAUGGGUGAGUGUGGGUUUGGAGAGCGCCUACCUGAGCGCACAAUCGAAAGAUCUUCAAACGUGGAUGGAGAGAAUCGAGAGAUCGGAGGGCGCUAGUGACCCAAUGAUACUGCUACAUUACAAUUUCGCUAAAGUCUUAACAUCUCUCGCCAAGCGAGAUAAGAACAAGGCGCUUGAUUAUACCCAGAAGUGUCACAGACUGAUCGGAUCAAACUUCUUACCGCUAUCUACCAAUACCACGCUCGUUAAGAUCCGCGACAUAAUCCUAAGAUUGCAUGCCCUCCGAGAUUUAUGGCUUAUUUCUGACACAGGAGUUCUCAAUCGUUCUAAAACAGAUGAUGAAGUACUGGACAAGCGCUUAGAAAAAAUCGGUGCUGACUUCGAGCCCCGUAAUUUUUUACUAUCAAUUCAGCGAUCAUACAACGUCCUCAAAGACGAUGGGCAGAGCAGUUCACAGUUGGCCGAUAAUUAUUUCAAAAUUGCACAAAACGCCAGGAUAAACGCGCGGCCUGAUCUGGCUAGUCGCGCCUUAGUUCAUGCACUCAUUUCUGACCAUCCGUCUGCUGAUUUAGAGUACGCCGAAAUUCUUUGGUUUGAAGGCGAACAUGACAAGGCCAUCAAGCUUGUGGCUGAGAUACAUCGAAAAAUGAUGGGCAGCGAAAGUCAUCUCCCUCGUGAACGAGCCAAGGUCCUCUUGAAAUAUACAGAGUGGAUGGUGAUUUCUAAUAACUCUAUCUCGGAGCAGAUCAUCAAGCAAUAUAAUGAUGUCAUUCGCAUGGAUCCUAGCUGGAGUGAUCCUUAUUAUUCACUUGGCCUGUAUUUUAGCAGACUUCUGGAGAAGCGUAGGGCUGAGGGCUAUACCUCAAACGGGCGCUUCGAGAGUAAGUCGAUCUCCUUUUUCCUUUUGUCGUUCGAAAAAGAUGUUUCGAGAACAAGAGAAGCCCUGCCCAAGGUUGUCACCUUUUGGCUGAAUACUGCAAAUGCGUAUGUCUCCGAAAGCAAUACCACCAAAAAAGAAGCAAUUAAGAGAUCGAUUGAAGACAUUUGCAGAAAAGUCGAAACUGCCAUCAACAAUUGCCCUAUUUUCAUAUGGUACUCUGUUUUAACCCAAAUAUUGUCACGACUGCUUCAUGGUCAUAAACUAUCAGUUCAACUUAUGAUGAGUAUUCUACUGAAUCUGUCUCUGGAGUACCCAUCGCAUGUACUGUGGUACAUAUCUGUACUGCAAAAUUCGUCUUCUUCCAGCAGAACUGCAAUUGGGAGGCAACUCUCUAGUCAGUUCCGGGAAAAGCAUCGUCACCCGGAGGAAUUAGCCAACUUUUCGGAUGAACUCGUUAGAAAUUUGACCAAUGUUUGCACCAAAGACGUCAAAAGCUCGACGAGCAGAUCUGGAAAACUGCUUGACAGAGACUUUGGGUUUGACCUUAGCUUGGCUCCCUGCAAUAUGGCUGUACCCGUAAAUGCAAACUUGGAGGUUUUGAAUCCGACGGCGGCUCAAAACUUAGCAAAGUUCCAGCCUUUUCGAAGUUUGAUUUCAAUCGCUAAAAUAGGCUCCUCAUACAAGGUAUUUUCCUCUUUGAAAAGGCCAAAGAAAUUGAACUUCGUUGGCACUGAUGGAAAGAUCUAUGGCAUUAUGUGCAAGAAAGAGGACGUUCGACAGGAUAAUCAAUAUAUGCAAUUUUCCACCGCGAUGGACUUUCUUCUGAGCAGAGACUUGUCUUCGAGAAAGAGAAAACUAGGGAUCACCACUUAUGCGGUGGUCUCUUUGCGCGAAGAUUGCGGUCUGAUUGAGAUUGUUCCAAACGUUGUGACUUUGCGAUCCAUCUUUGUGACCAAAUAUGAUGGAAUGAAGAUCAAAUAUAGUCUGAAAUCAAUGCACGAGAAAUGGCAGACUCUACCAAGUGAUCAGAAGUCGGGCUUUUUUAAAGAUUUGUUAUCAAAGUUCCCUCCAGUUUUGUUUGAAUGGUUCUUGGAGACAUUUCCUGACGCUAUUGUAUGGUACAACUCGCGAAAUACAUUUUCUAGGUCAUAUGCCGUGAUGGCCAUGGUCGGUCAUAUUCUUGGGUUAGGUGAUCGCCAUUGUGAAAAUAUUCUUCUAGAUGUGGAAACAGGGAAAGUUCUUCACGUAGACUUCGACUGCCUCUUCGAGAAAGGGAAAAGGCUUCCUAUUCCCGAAAUCGUGCCAUUCAGGCUCACGCAUAACCUAGAGGAUGCUUUGGGAAUCGCCGGAACCGAGGGUACUUUCAAAAAAUCAAGCCAGGUAACGCUGCAGCUGAUGAGGGAAAAUGAGGUGGCUCUGGUAAAUGUCAUCGAAACCAUUUUGUAUGAUCGAAAUAUGGAUCAUUCGCUACACAAGGCUCUUAAGGUGGUUCGCAACAAAAUAAGAGGAGUCGACUCUCGCGAUGGUCUGAUUUUGAGUGUGGCUGGUCAAGUGGAAACUGUUACUCAAGAAUCAACAUCGGAAGAAAAUUUGAGUAGAAUGUAUAUCGGGUGGCUACCCUUCUGGUAA